AUGCCAUGCAACGAUAGCAGUCUAUACGAUGAACGUGACAGACUCGAGGGUUCAGACGAUGCAUAUUUCAAUGCUUCAGAUGACUCUGACGAUGAACGAUAUAAUUUAGAUAGUAAGUUUGAACAAUCUAGCCAUUCCAGUGGUGGUAAUAAUAUUAGCAGCAACAACAACAACAACGAUAGUGACUUGCAAGAUAACAACAAGAGCGAGAGCAGCAGUACUACAAUGAACAUUGGUGGAAAUGUCAAGCUUGUUGAUUAUGACGACGACGAAAUCGAUAGUGACGAUGAUAAUCAACAACAACAACAAAUGUUGAAACUACAACAACAACAAGAAGAAUCAGAUGAAUCAUCUGUUGUUUGUAAUGGAAAUUCAAUGGAAGAGGAUAAGCUUCUGCCCGACAAUGAAACCGAAUUAAUAACUCAUCAACAACAACAACAAGAAGAAGAACAAGAACAAGAACAACAACAAGAAUCCAAACAACAGGAAGGAGACGAAGAGAAAUCAAUAGCAAUCAGCACCAACACCACCACAACCACCACCUCAGAAGAAAAACCUCGAACACCCAAGAGAAAAUUGGAUAAUGGUAUGGUGGAUCACCAACACAACAACAAUAACAAUAAUAACAACAACGAGUCAUCAAGCGAACAUCACAGUUUCUCAGUCAACGAGAAAUCAGUUCAUAUUGUUUUUAAUUUAAAUAGUGUUAAUAAUAAUAGUAAUAGAAGUAGCAAUAGUAACGACGACGACGACAAUAACGAUAACAACAACGAAAACAACGACGACAAUAACAAAGAUCAAGAUGAAAAAGAUAAUAACACAAACAGUAAUCAUAAGAGUAGUACGCUUAAUGGAGACGAAGAAACCACCAAUUUAAAACAACAUCACUUAAAAUCACAUCACAACAACAACAUUAAUAAUAAUAAUAAUAAUAACAAUGAACAACAAACACAUCAUCAACAAGAUAAUUGUACAAAUCAUCAUAUCAACGAUAAACAAUCUCUUGAAAAUGGAAAUACUAUCUCUUUGAAGAGAGUGAAAAUUAUGAAAGAUGAUUCCUCUACACUGGGCUUAGUGGAUCAAGAGUAG